CUAACACUCGCCUGGCGUUGUAGCAUGCGACUUCGCCUUUCCCACUGACAGCGGAGAGUUCAAGCCAGGGAACGCUGGGACAAAGAACGCUGUUCACCAAAGUUCGCAAAAUGGCCUUCCCCAGCGCACGCCGCGUGAGCACAUCGCAAUCCGCGCUUUCACCCGCUACCACCCGGCGGCUGAUGAAAGAAUGGCAAAGCAUCCUGGAGAGCAACUUCAACAGCAGCAGGUCUAAAACAUCUGAGCGAAGAGAUGCUGCGCUUCCUCGAAGAACCAUUUCGGCCUCGCGUCCGAGCAGUGCGCAAGAAGACUUGUUGGAGCUCAGACCGUGGGAUGCAGACGGCGAGGACCUGUACGAAUGGUACGCACGGAUACGAGGCCCGAAUAGUGGAAGCUACUCUGGCGGCGAAUUCGAUCUGUCCAUCCAAAUACCUCCGUCAUAUCCCACCAAGCCGCCGAAGAUGUGGUUCAGAACUCGCAUCUGGCACCCGAAUGUGCAUUUCAAAACCGGAGAGAUCUGUCUCGAUCUUCUCUCGUCGCAGUGGUCACCAGCAUGGACGCUCUCGUCUCUCUGCACGGCCAUAAUCGCGCUGCUUGACUCACCCGAGCCUAGCUCGCCGCUCAAUGUUGACGCGGCCAAUGUCCUGCGCGCAGAGGACGAGGUCGCGUACAGAUCUAUGUGCAAGAUGUACACGCGCCUCUUCGCUUCUCCAGUGGCACAGGUGGAGGCAAGGAAGGGAGAGCGGUAGCCGAUGUACAUAUCCUUUUCCCUUCCCACCUGCCAGAAAGGAGCAUAUUCCACAUGUUUCUAAAGUCUCAUGGAGGCCACCUUGCCAGCUGAGGCACCACCAUGGCCGAUCGUGUGAGAGGGCCGGCCCCAAUUUCUAUGGUUCUGCUGCUCAUCCGAUAUGUAUUCGAACGGUGUAGCGUGAAGGGGCCCA